UGCAGAUAACCAUUAGUAAAAUGGAAGGUUGUUUAAAUACUGAAAAGGAUGUUGAUAAAUUAAUAGCAAAGUUUGAAAGCUACAAAAAGCAAACUCAUCAAACUUUUGAACAAUUGACUCAACACAUUGAAAAGUUACAAAAUGAGCUGAAUGUGCAAGAUGCCUCAACUGGACUCUCAGCUUCCCAUCGACAACUUGUUACUCAAACAAAUAAAAAGUUAAAGUCAGUUGGUCAAAAAAUUUCUGGUCAACAUAAGGAUCUUCAUAGCAGUGUUUCUCGUAUCGGUAAAACCAUUGACCGGAAUUUUGAUGCUGAAUGUGGUUCGAUAAAUAUGCAUGAAAUUUUGGCAGACCAUACACACCACUCACUAUUUAACCGUGCCAUAUGUGAACAUUUUUACAGACAAGGUUCUGUAUCAGUUGCUGAAAGCAUUGCAACCGAUGGUAAUUUAGAGAUUGAUGAUAAAUGGAGGUUUCCUUUUAUUGAAAUGAAUGAGAUUUUAGAAAAUUUACAGAACAGAGUAGUUGACCCUGCGCUUAUGUGGAGCAUACGGAAUAAAGUGCAGUUACAAAAAGAAAAGAGCAACCUUGAAUUUAAACUUCAUAGGUUAAAGUUUAUUGAAUUAAUUAAGUUGGGUCCUUCCCAUCAACAUUUAGCUGUAGCUUAUGCCAAAAAGUUCCAACAAUUUGCCCCUGUGCAGUGCCAAGAAAUUCAACAACUAAUGGGAUGUUUCUUGUAUGUAAAGCGUGGGCUAACAGAGUCACCCUAUUGUGAUCUGCUAUCCGAAAAAAUGUGGAAUGACAUUUGUUCUGACUUUUUACGUGAUGCAUGUCGGGUUACUGGUCUUUCUGUUAAUAGUCCAUUAAUAUCAAGUUUUUCCGCCGGAUGUCAAGCGCUUCCUGCUCUUCUUGCAAUAAAAUCUGUCAUUGAACAAAGACAGUGCUCCGGUGCUUUGUCGAAUAAUGAUGAACUGCCCAUUGAUAUAGAUCUUGAUUCUUGUCAGCAUUAUCAUUCAGUUUUCGCAUGUCCUAUUUUAAGACAACAAACCACAGUAAAAAACCCACCCCUACGUUUAGUGUGUGGUCAUGUUAUAUCAAGAGAUGCUCUUACUAAGUUGGUUUCUGGGUCAAAAGUAAAAUGUCCUUAUUGUCCUGUUGAACAAUCACCCAAUGAUGCGAAAGAAUUGCAUUUUUAGAUAAGACAAUAUAUUUAUAGGCUGUAUAUAUAUAUAUAUAUGAUGACUUUUAAUUUUUUACAUUUGGUACACAACAAUUACCACACAACAGUUUUCUUAUUUGUAGACUACCUUGUUCCAUGCAAAAUGAAUUCUUUGAAAGCUUUAAUCCAAUGUUUAUUUUCUAAAAAUAUAUGUUUGUACUGUAUUAGUUGUAACCAAUAAUUAUCUGUGAAUGGCAUAAAGCAUAUGUUCAUGCCUAUUCAAUCUGCAAACAAUGACAGGCUUUUGUCGAAUAAUGGUUGAUCGGGAAACAUAACUUCUUAAUCUGCUUAGUUGUAACUUGUACUUCAUCUCAUAUCAAGGGAAUGUAGUGUUGUUAAACAGGACAAGACUUAUGGUUACUCCCUUUUAUUUUGACCUAAAAUGCAGAUCAUAAUUAUGUAACUUUAAUUGCUUAUAACUGUACAGCAAUCUUUUUUCUGCCCUUCAGAAACCAAAUUUCAUUUAAUAGUUUGUUUUCAAUUAAUAGCAGAGUCAAGUAAUAAUAUUUUUAGG